UCUAAUUUGGAAUAUUAGCCAAGCGAGAACAAUUCUGAAGGAGCGAUACGAUGCUGGGGAGCGUAGAUGCUGGCUCUUAGGUGAUGCGGGUUAUCCUCUUGAACCAUACAUUAUGACGCCAUAUCGAUCCGCAGCAGAAGGAAGUCCAGAAGCUAUUUACAACAACAAACAUGCCAAAGCUAGAAACAUAGUUGAACGCACUAUUGGAGUGUUAAAAAACCGAUUUCGCUGUUUGCUCGGUGCACGUCAACUUCACUAUACGCCAUCUAAGGCCACGCAAAUCGCUAAUGUAUGUGCAGCACUCAACAACAUUUGCAUCGAGUUUGGUUCACACAUCAAAAACGAGGAUGCAGACAUUACAGAACUAAACGAAGACAAUGUUGACAAUACUGAUGAUGUGGAAAAUAGCAUAAAUAUUGAAGCUUCGCAAAUUAGAGAACAAAUAAAAAACAGUUUUGUGUAAUUUCAGUUCAUUCUUUUUUUAUAAAAUAAAUGGA